AUGCCGGAUACACAACUACAAGACGAGCAAAAGCUGUUCUCCCAGUGCAGGAUUUGUAUUAUCUGUUCAAACAUAAACGAACUUGAGAACACUGCCCAGCUAUCAGCUGCCAUCCAGAAUCAUGGGGGUGAGGUCACUCUCCACCGAUUACCGGCAUCGUUACCGUCCGUCCACGAAUUUACUCAUGUUGUGUCUUCCACCAUUGAUUUUCCUGGCCAUGAUGCAGCUUGCGACGCGUUGAUCCCAGUAGUCAAACCCCAAUGGGUGAAUGCGUCAAUUUCGAGAAACAAACUCGUAAACCCUCGAAAUUAUAACCCGGACCCAAGGCUCUUCCUAAAUGAUGUUGUUGUCUCUUGCGUGGAUAUUCCAGAGGGUGAUCAGGAUGCCAUUUUUGGGGCGGUUUUGGCGAUGGGAGGGCUUUCCAGCUACAAAAUUACACGCACCACAACGCAUCUGGUGGCUUUGUCCAUGGACUCUGACAAAUGCGCCAGUAUUUUGAAUAGAGGGCUAAAUAUCAAAAUAGUUCUUCCCCAUUGGUUUGAUGAUUGUAUUAAGUUAGGAAGGAGAAUCGACGAGCGUCCCUAUUUGUUGCCAGAUCCAGAGAUACUUCGUCUGCGCCAUAGCGCUCCUGUGCGAAUCACCGAAAAUAAAAAUAUUAUUGGCGCGUCAACACCUGAGCCAAAACUUCCCUCUCCUAAAUCAUUGCGCGAGGAAGUCCGGAGCGAUCUAAACGUUUUCGAGGGAAAGACUGUAAUGCUGUCGGAGGACCUAGAGAUUGCUGCGCGCCUUCGCAAUUGUCUUGAAGAUUUGAUUGUAGAGAGCGGUGGCCAUGUUACAAACAAUGUUCGACAGACCAACCUUUACAUUUGUCGCUAUCGUGAAGGGGAGGAGUACAGAGUGGCAUCAAGACUUGGCAAAGACGUGGGAAAUUUAUCUUGGCUCUUUCAUCUCAUAACACAUAAUUCGUGGAUCUCCCCGUUACGACGGCUCCUCCACUAUCCACUCUCUAGGCAUGGAAUCCCAGGAUUUGAUGGCUUCAAGAUCAGUCUGUCCAAUUACGCUGGGGAGGCGCGGAUAUAUCUGGAAAAUUUAAUCGCUGCUGCCGGUGCUGAGUGCACGAAAACACUAAAACAGGACAAUACCCACUUGAUCACGGCCCACGGCACAAGUGAAAAAUGCACCGCAGCAAAGGAGUGGAAUAUUCACGUUAUCAAUCACCUCUGGCUCGAAGAGAGCUACGCUAAGUGGCAGCUCCAAACAGUUACAGACCCUCGCUACACACAUUUCCCGCAUCGGACCAACCUAGGAGAAAUCGUUGGCCAAACUAAAAUUGAUCGGUUUGCCAUUGAAGAACAUUUCUUCCCCGAAGAUAUUGCGGUUCCGCAUGGGAAAGCCCCAUCCGCAGUCAUGCGCCCGAAGGAUAACAAUCUUUCAAGCAAUCGUGAUUCAGAAGUCUUAGAACCUAUCAAGGAAAAUACAACCCAUCCGGCUCGUACGAAAGGAACUCCCAGGGCAUCCAAACGCAACCAAUCUUUAAUCGGGGUUCGGGGCGCCCAUCUUCAGACCCCACGGGUUUCGAAAUUCAUUGCAGAAGGCAAGGAGAACGCUACCCCUUCAACGACGGGAAGUCGAAAAUCCAAAGAUGUAGCCGCGGCACGAUUACAAGAAAUUGCGCCAGAUAUCGCUCUAUACGAGAAGGAAAAAAAACGUGCUGGUGGGGUUAUUUAUGGUGGUCGCAGGAGGAGCGAUCCUAAUGAUAAAGUUAUUUCUCGCAAGAGGUCCAUAGAUCCGCAAGAUGAAACAGACGCCGAAGAUACAAAUGGUGUCAAAAAGCUGAAGCAGGCACCGGUUCCUAUUGUUAUGCAUCUUUUGCUCACUGGCUAUCGAAAAUGGGUGGGGGAUCUAAAAUCGGAGGAGUCAGACAGACGUAAACUACGCAAUCUAGGUAUCCAUAUUGUUCAAGACGCGAGUAAAUGUACACAUCUAGCCGCCCCUUCUGUCUUGCGAACGCAUAAAUUUGUCAAUGCCAUUGCCUACGCACCCGUUAUCCUCAAUGCAGAUUUCGUAGCCGCGUGCCUCGAGCAGAACCAAUUAUUGAACCCGAACGAAUUCCUUCUACGGGACCCUAGGUCUGAGAAGAAAUAUAACUUCUCAUUAGAGAAAGCUAGGCUUAAAGCGCUUGAAAACAAGAACCAACUGCUCGAUGGCAGGAUAAUAUACUGCGUUGAAACCAUUCCUGGUGGCUUUGACGCAUUCAAAUCCAUCAUCGAAACCAAUGGUGGCCAAUGUUUUCUGUUCCGUGGUCGAUCUGGUAUCACUUUGCCAAAUCGACGUCGCAGUGGUGAAAACAAGGAAAACGACGGGGCGCCAAGUUUUGAUGAAAUAUAUCUAAUCAGCGGCACUGAAAAAAACCACGUGAGAUUAUGGCCCAAGUUCAGGAACAUGGUGUUGAGUGCGAAGAAGAUUCCCAAGAUUGUUCGUCCGGAUUGGUUAUUGAAUAUUGCCAUGGCGCAGGAAUGGCGGAUGGACGAUUCUCUAGAACUGGUUGAAGAUGUUCAGAUGACCGACACUUAG